UGCACACACAAAAACACACACGAAGACACAGGAGAAAUGUUGCUCUUUUACUUGUUUAUUCUCUGCAAGAGAUAGAGGUUGACAGUCAGGCUAGCAGGAUGCAGAGAGCUGUGGUGUCUGUACUGGUCCUGCAAUGGGCCUGGACCCUGAAAGGAAUCCCUGUGCUCCCAGAAACUCAUAUCCUUGCACAGGAGAACUUUGAUUUGGGCCAGUUCAUGGGGAAGUGGUAUGAAGUAGCAGUGGUUUCCACCUGUCCUUACUACAUGCAGCGUAAGAGAGGAAACCCUGUCAUUGUUACAUUGGAGCUAAAACAUGUUGCUUCUCAGGGCAACUUCACAAUGACGGCCACUAAUUUAAGGAAUGGCUCAUGUAUACAAACAUCCACAGUUUACGGUUUGACCAACACUCCAGGACGAUUCUUCCACCACGUUGCAAGGUUCGGAGCUGAUGUUGAUUCCUUCGUGGUUCAUACUAACUAUGAUGAGUUUGCGAUGAUGGUUCUGAUGGGCACAGAGAGACCAUUAGAAAUUAAGACCACCACUGUGAAGCUCUAUAGUCGAUCUAUGGUUGUGAAAGAUGCUGUGUUGGAUGACUUCAAAACACUGGCCAGACAACAGGGAAUGAGUGACGACACUAUCAUCAAUAAUCAGAACAAAGGUUCAGAUGUACACACAUUCAUUACUCGCCUGGUCCUCCCUGAGACCAUUUUUGUCUAAUGUGUUGUGUGUGAAAUCAUCUCAUGCUCAUUUCCUUAAAGGCUGAAGGCAUUUAAUACAUUUUUCUCAAGGCACACUGUGUUACAGCAAGAAAAGUACAAGUUUAACUUACAGGAGUAAAAAUGGAUGCAUGU